UCAUAAGGGCAGACAUUUUGCCCCAUGUAAACGACAAUUUUGCAAGAUUUUUUUUUGGGAAAACCGUUUAUACGAACAAACCGUAUCCGCUUUAACAAUUUCUUUGUGUUUUUACACUCAUAUUUCACCACAACCAUGUGGUAUGAGAUAUUGCCCGGUUUUGCUAUUAUGACAGUUUGUCUGAUCAUUCCUGGUGUUGCAACUGCUCAAAUCCAGAAGUUCACAAACGGUGGAAAGGAUAAAAGGAUUGCACGGGCUCCCUAUCACUGGUAUUUGAUGGAGAGAGACAAGAGAGUGUCUGGAACUGGUGAACAUUACCGACCUAAGGGACUUGAAAACAUCAAAUGAAGAGUCACCUAGAUGAAACUGAAAUGUACAUUUUGUCCAGCCGUCUAUUAAAAUUCUGUCUUUAAAUUAUUA